GUACAGUAGUGUAGUGUACAGUACAGUACAGUAUAACUGUUAUACAAAUGAGGAAAUAUACAUAUUAUAUAAUAAAGAAGUAAUAAAAUUAAAAGCAAUUGUGGUUAGCAUUAGAUUAUAAGUAUCAUAAUUGGUUGUCAACACAAAGUAUAGUUGUCACUGUUAUAACUUAUUUGCAAACUUGUAGUCAAUAGUCGAUCACGUAUUCACUUUUAACAGUAUUUCCUAUUAAAUGAUAAACAUUUAUAUUAAUUUGUUUAUUGCUAUUAUAUAGUCAUUACGGGGUUAUAACAGCAAUCAAGAUAUGUCAUCAAACGUAAAUCCGUUGUCAUAUUUACUGAAGAAUAUUGAAUUGGAUGGCAAUAACUAUCAAUAUUAUGAUAUCUCUACUCUUAAUCCAUCAAAAUAUGAAAGACUUCCGUUUAGUAUUCGUGUUCUUCUGGAAUCAGCCGUAAGAAGUUGUGAUGGAUUUCAAGUAAAGGAAAAAGACGUCCAAAAUAUAAUUGAUUGGGAAAUACAACAGAAAUCAAACGCAGAAAUACCAUUUAAACCAUCGAGAGUUAUCUUACAAGACUUGACAGGAGUUCCCGCAGUUGUCGAUUUCGCUGCAAUGAGAGAAGCAUUUGCCAAACUCGGUGGUGACGCCAACAAAAUCAAUCCUUUAUGUCCGGCAGAUCUGGUGAUUGACCACUCAGUUCAGGUGGACUUCUCGCGAACUGUGUUACAAAAAACGGCAAAAUCAAGUGAAGUGAUAAAUGCUAUUUGCGAUGACUGUGCCGGUAGUGGUCAGUGCGCUCUCGCAAAAACAUUAUCAAAAAAUUCAAUUCCCCUUAAGAGACAUCCACUUUCAAAUGGAUUAUCUUUGAACUCAACUCCUUUGGAAAGCUGGCAACCAUUGAGACCACACAUAUCACAUACUCCUAACAAUAAUAAAGAUAGUCUUAAAGAGCAGUUAAUCCCGAGUAUUGAAAAUCUAAGCUUAAAUAAUGGGAUCAAUCCAUACGCAGACUCUAAAUUGAAACAUAAGACCUGUCCCUUUCAUCGACUUAAGUCAUUGGGUGCCGAAGCUCUUCAUCGGAAUGAAGAACUAGAAUUUGAACGAAACAAAGAGAGAUUUGAAUUCUUGAAGUGGGGGGCAAAUGCUCUCAAGAAUACGACUAUUAUUCCUCCCGGUUCUGGAAUCUGCCAUCAGGUGAAUCUCGAGUAUUUGGCACGAGUUGUCUUUAAAAGCGAUGACAAUAUAUUAUAUCCGGACAGUGUUGUGGGACUAGACUCACACACAACAAUGAUUAAUGGUCUCGGAGUAGUUGGUUGGGGUGUCGGUGGCAUUGAAGCUGAAGCAGUAAUGUUAGGUCAGGCUAUAUGUAUGGUUUUACCAGAAGUUGUGGGAUAUAAGUUAGUGGGAACACUUCCUCCAUAUGCAACUUCAACUGAUGUUGUUUUGACUAUAACUAAGAAUUUGCGACAACUCGGUGUCGUCGGAAAAUUUGUUGAGUUUUACGGACCGGGAGUUUCUGAACUGUCUAUAGCAGAUCGGGCAACCAUUGCAAACAUGUGUCCAGAAUAUGGAGCUACCAUUGGUUUCUUUCCAACCGAUGAGAAAACUUUCCAAUAUUUAACAAAAACUGGUCGUCCGGAAGAUGUUAUAAAAUAUGCCGAAACUUAUUUAAGAAAAGUAAAAAUGUUUAGAAAUGAUUACAAUGACAGCAAUGAAGAUCCUGUGUUUUCUCAAGUCAUUGAACUUGAUUUGGGAUCUAUUACUCCCAGUGUUAGUGGACCUAAAAGACCUCAUGACAGGGUCUCGGUAUCGCAAAUGAAAGAGGAUUUCCAACAAUGUUUGACCAAUAAAAUUAGUUUUAAAGGAUUUGGCAUUUCUAGUGAUAAAACAAAAGCAUGCAUUCCUUUCAUAUUUGAUGGAAAAGAGUAUACUCUUUCUCACGGAUCUAUUGUUAUAUCAGCCAUCACUUCGUGUACAAACACAAGCAAUCCUUCAGUAAUGUUGGGUGCGGGUUUGUUGUGCAAAAAGGCUGUAGAAAAAGGUUUAUCAGUUGCACCUUAUAUUAAGACAUCAAUGUCUCCGGGAAGUGGUGUUGUCACUUAUUAUCUUAAUGAAUCCGGAGUUACUCCUUAUCUGGAAAAAUUGGGUUUUGAUAUCGUUGGCUAUGGAUGUAUGACAUGUAUUGGUAACAGUGGGCCACUUCCCGAACCAAUAGUCGAGGCUAUAGAUAAAGGAGAUUUGGUGGCUGUGAGUGUACUUUCAGGAAAUCGUAAUUUUGAGGGUCGAGUACAUCCCAACACUCGGGCUAAUUAUUUGGCAUCACCUCUAUUAGUAGUGGCUUAUGCUAUCGCUGGAACUGUUAAUAUAGAUUUUGAAACUGAGCCUUUAGGUAAAGACACAUCUGGUAAUGAAGUCUUCUUACGGGAUAUAUGGCCGCAAAGACAAGAGAUUCAUGAAAUGGAACAGAAGUGUGUUAUUCCCGGAAUGUUUAAAGAAGUUUAUUCAAAGAUUCGCUACGGAAAUGAACGUUGGAAUCAAUUGAAUGCUUCUAAUAAUCUUCUUUAUGAAUUUGAUCCAAACUCUACAUAUAUAAAAUCUCCGCCAUAUUUUGAUGGAAUGAAGGCUAAACUAUCUAAAAUUGAAUCCAUUCAUAAUGCAAGAGUGCUCUUGAAUUUAGGUGAUUCCGUCACAACUGAUCACAUAUCACCUGCCGGUUCUAUUGCACGUAACAGUCCGGCCGCUAAAUAUCUGAUGGAAAGGGGAAUCUCUCCGUCAGCUUUCAAUUCGUACGGUUCUCGCAGAGGUAACGAUGCAAUUAUGACAAGGGGUACAUUUGCUAACAUACGUUUGGUCAACAAAUUAAUGAGUAAACCCGGACCAUACACUUUGCACAUUUCUACUGGUAAAGAGAUGAGUGUAUUUGAUGCCUCAGAGUUAUACAAAUCUGAGGAAAUACCUCUGAUUAUAAUUUGUGGUAAAGAGUAUGGAUGCGGUUCAUCACGAGAUUGGGCAGCAAAAGGACCUUAUCUUUUGGGUGUUAGGGCUGUUAUCGCUGAAAGUUUUGAACGCAUUCAUCGCAGCAAUUUGAUUGGUAUGGGAAUCAUUCCCUUGCAAUUCAUGAACGGACAAAACACUGAGUCUUUAGGAUUGACGGCUAAGGAGUUGUAUAGUAUUGACAUUCCGGACAAUUUAUCGACAAGACAUAGGAUUUCAGUUAAACUGGAUAACGGAAAAAGCUUUGAAGUGAUUAUGCGAUUUGACACAGAAGUAGAACUCGAAUACUAUAGAAAUGGCGGUAUUCUUCACUAUAUGUUACGACAACUCCUUAAUAAACCAUAAAAAUGUUAUAAAAUAACUUAUUUUUCAAAAUUGUUAUUAAAUAUUAUUUUUAAAUGUCUAAUAAUUUUAUAUAUAAUAAAUUGGCUAAAAUGACAA